AUGGCCGGCGACCGCGUCAUUCCCGCGGUCGCGGCCGCGUACUUCGCGCUCGUGUUCGGACUCACCGGCCCGGUCGUUCGAUGGAUACUCUUCGGCGUCGGCGUCGUACUCUUCGCGCAGGCGCUGCUGGUGCGAUACGUCCUCGUCGCGCCCUCGAGCGAUGACGCUGACGCGGCGAACGACGACGACGCGACGCGACGCGCCGAGAAAGCGGAAGGCGACGACGACGACGGCGACGCGCGCGCCCGCGCGCCCGCCUCGCGCGACGAGCACCGCGGCUGGCUCGUCCUCCUCGCCCCCGAGUCCGCGGACGACCUCCCGACGCCGCCGGAGAAGCCGCGGAACGGCGAGAAGACGUUCGCGACGCUGCGGCGAAACGGCGACCUCAGCCUCGCGACGUCGGCGGCGGCGGCGGCGGCGUCGGCGGCGACGACGAUCGACCUCGACGGCGCGGAGCUUCGCGUGUUCACCUCCGGGAACGCCAAAAAACGCUGGUUCAAGCGCCACCCGUUCGCGCUGAUCCACCCCGAGGGCAGGCCGCUGUACAAGGGCAAGAGCGUGGUGUGGUGUUACGCGUCGUCGGAUCCGGCGAAGGAGGCGUGGAUCGUCGCGAUCGCCGGAGAGUUGAAGCGACGCGGGGGCGCGAUGGAUCGGAGCGUGUUCGCCGCCGCCGCCGCCGCCGCGGUGGCCGCGAACGGCGGCGAGGGGGGGGAGAUGAAGAUGAAUAUGAAGAGCGAAGGCGGGACGGAUCCCGCGCAGAGGGCGCUCGUGAAGCAUCUCGCGCACAGGGCGACGGUGAGGGAGGCGGCGGGCGCGUCGAGGGCGCGGGACGACGCGAAUUUCGUCGCCGCCGCCGCGGCGAGCGCUUCGGAGGGCGAGGAGGGCGCUUCGGACGAGGCGGGCAAGAUGAAAGCCGCCGCGAGCGCGCUCGCGAUGCGCGAGCUCGCGUGGUCGUCCGGCGGCGCCGCGGGGGCGACGAUCAACGCGCUGCUGUCGCGCGUGUUGUUCGACGCGCUACGUGACGCGGAGGAGCUCGAAAAGAUUCGCCGCGACUUGGACGCGCUCCUCGCCGACGUCCCGGACCUUCCGAAGUUUGUCUCCCCGCCGCGGAUCGAGCGCGUGACGCUGGGGAAGGCCACGCCGCAGAUCGUCUCCGCGAGGGUGCCCGCGAACGCGACCGCGGACGACGUCUCCGCGGCGCCGUGGGACGGCGGCGCGCUCGCGAACCGAGGCCCGUGCUCGUGCGUCGAGCUCGACGUCGCGUUCGACGCGUCGAGCGCGAGCGCGAGCGCGAACGCGCGCGGCGACGGCGCGGCGCCGGAGAUCACGCUGAAGACGCACGUGGACCUGCGCGCGCUGACUGAGGGGGGAGGAGGCGGCGGCGGCGGCGACGCGUCGUCGUCGGUCGGCGGCGGGGGCGCCGAGUCUGGCGCCGAGUCUGGCGCCGCCGCGGCGACGACGGAUUCGUUGACGCCGUUGAAGAAUUUCGCCAAGACGGCGGUGAACGCCGUCGCGAAGACGUUGGAAAACACGCCGCUGACGCUCACGGUGCGGCUCUUAAAGUUGAGCGGGACGCUCCGGGUGUGGAUCCCGCCGCCGCCGGGCGACCGCGUCUGGUUCGGGUUCGUGGACGAGCCCGUCGUCGAGAUGGCGGCGGCGCCCGCCGUCGGGACGUACGGGAUUCGAUGGAAAGAGCUCGGCGAGACGGUCAGCGGGCUGAUCACGAGGAAGUUGCGGAGGGAAAUUGUCGACGCGCUGGUGCUUCCGAACGCCGGGAACGUCGUCGCGGAGGCGCUGAGCCCGUGGGACGCCGCCGCGGUCGGCGUCGUCGAGGUGACCGCCGCGGAGCUGAUCGAGCUCACGAGGCGCGCGCUGGAAGGCGACGCUUCGCGCGGAGACGAGAGGGGGAAGGAAAAAGAAAAAGAAAAAGAGACGACGACGACGACGACGACGACGCUCGCGAAGACGCAACCCGCGAUGGACGAAGUGACGCCGGCCGCGGAGGUGGAGGAAGUCGCGGAGGAGGUCGCCGUGGAAGCGGCGACCGCGUCGUCGUCGUCGCCGCCGCCGCCGCCGCCGCCGCCGCCCGUCGCGUCCACGCCGCCGGCGGAGAUCAGAUCGAAACCUUCCCCGGCGCCGACGCCGGACUCGUCCCCGACCACCGCCGCGGUCGCGUGGCUGAACAAAGUCCAGAGCAACAUGAAGACGGACUUCUCCACGUUCAAGCGCGGCGUCGAGGCUGGCGGCGCGAAAGGCGGGUUCGCCGCGGCCGUGAACAUCGCGCAGCAGAGAAUCAAAGAGGAGCUUCGCGCGGCGCAAAAGAAGGCGGCGGCUGCGGGGACGUCGAGCGGCAGCCCGCGGAGCCCGAAGGUCUACGGCGAAGGGAAGGAGAUCCCGUACGACCCUCUGAGCGUCGGCAGAGGCGGCAAGGCGCACGCGGAGUGA